GUUAUAGUUCAGUUUAUCAGAAGAGAUCGGAUGCAGAGCCCAGCUGUGUGUCUAUGAGGAGUGAUGCUUCUUUGGAUCGUCCACCUGAUAUAAAGAGUGAUGAAGCAAGGUCAAUCCUGCAACACAGAUCAGUAACAAAACCCUUCUGUAAGAAAUAUGACCAGUCUGUGAAUCAACCACAACACAACACGUAUCCUGGUGUGAGCCAUGAAGUCCUCGACACGUUGAGAUCAAAUCUGAAGCAGAAGUUUGAGCGUCUGUAUGAGGGAACAGCGACGCAGAGAAACUCAACACUCCUGAAUGAGAUCUACACAGAGCUCUACAUCACAGAGAGUGAGAGUGGAGAGAUCAGUAAUGAACAUGAGGUGAGACAGAUUGAGACACAAUCCAGGAGAGAAGCAACAGAGGACACAGCCAUCAAAUGCAGUGACAUCUUUAGACCUUUACCUGGACAAGACAAAGCCAUCAGAACUGUGCUGACAAAGGGAGUCGCUGGCAUUGGAAAAACAGUCUCUGUGCAGAAGUUCAUCCUGGACUGGGCUGAAGGGAAAGAGAAUCAGGAUGUCCAGCUCAUAUUUCCACUUCCUUUCAGAGAAAUCAAUCUGAUGAAGGACAGAAGACUCAGUCUUUCAGAUCUUCUUCAUGUGUUUUUCCCUGAAACUAAAGAAAUGGAAAUAUCCAGUGAUGAAUAUAAAGUGUUGUUCAUCUUUGAUGGUCUGGAUGAGUGUCGUCUGUCUCUAGACUUUAAAAGUGAAGUGAAACUGUGUAAAAUAUCUGAAUCAGCCUCAGUGGACGAGCUGCUGAUGAACCUCAUUGUGGGGAAUCUGCUUCCCUCUGCUCUCAUCUGGAUCACCUCCAGACCAGCAGCAGCUGAUCUCGUCCCCUCUGAGUGUGUCCAUCGAGUGACAGAGGUUCGAGGCUUCAAUGAGCCACAGAAGGAGGAAUACUUCAGGAAGAGAAUCAGUGAUCAGAGUCUGGCCGACAGGAUCAUCUCACACCUGAAGUCAUCAAGGAGCCUCUACAUCAUGUGCCACAUCCCAGUCUUCUGCUGGAUCUCAGCCGCUGUUCUGGAGAAGAUGUUGAGUCGAGCAGAGAGUGGAGAGAUUCCCAAGACUCUCAUUCAAAUGUACACACACUUCCUGAUCCUUCAGACCAACAUCAAACAUGAGAAGGACUAUGAGAAGAAGGUGAAAGAUGAAGACAUGAUCCUCAAACUGGGGAAAGUGGCUUUUGAGCAGCUUGUGAAAGGAAAUCUUAUCUUCUAUGAGGAAGACCUGAGAGAGUGUGGCAUUGAUGUGACAGAAGCAUCAGUGUACUCAGGAUUGUGCACUCAGAUCUUCAGAGAGGAGUUGGGCUUGUAUCAGGGGAAAGUCUUCUGCUUUGUUCAUUUGAGCAUUCAGGAACAUCUAGCAGCUCUAUAUGUGCAUCUCUCCUGGACAAACCACAACAGAAAUGUGAUUGACCAGUUCACCAAACAGAGUUUACUGUCUAAAGUGAAGAAACCGUUUCAACUCAGUUCAUCAGAACAUGUUUCAUUAUCUGAUCUGCAUCAGGGAGCUGUGAAAGAGGCUCUACAGAGUAAAAAUGGGCAUCUGGAUCUUUUCCUGCGGUUCCUUCUGGGUUUGUCUGUUAAUUCUCAUCAGAUUCUCCUUCAACGUAUAAUGAAGCUGAAAAGCAGCAGCUCUGACAGCAAUGAGGAAACAGUCGAGUACAUCAAGAAGAAGAUAAGGACCAUUGACUCUCCAGAGAAAUCCAUCAAUCUGUUCCACUGUCUGAAUGAACUGGGUGAUCGUUCACUAGUGGAGGAAAUACAACAGUAUCUGAAAUCUGGAACAAUAAAGGAAUCCAAACUCUCUUCAUCUCAGUGGUCAGCUUUAGUUUUUGUGUUGUUGACAUCAGAAGAGGAACAGAAUGAGUUUCGUCUUGAUAAAUUUGUUAAAGAAAAGAAUAAUCCUGAAAAUAUGAAAGUUUUUCAGAAGCUACUGCCUGUGAUUAAAGAAUCCAGAUCAGUCCAGUUGUAUAAUUGUGGUGUUACAGAUGAAGGUUGUGCUUUUGUGGCUUCAGCUUUGAGAUCAAACCCCUCACACCUGAGAGAACUAAAUCUGUCGUGGAAUAAACUAAGAGAAUCUAGUAUGAAGCUGCUCUCUGCUGUACUGGAGGAUCCUCACUGUAAACUGGAGAAACUGUGGUUGAGUUAUUGUGGAGUCACAGAUGAAGGUUGUGCUGCUCUGACUUCAGCUCUGAGAUCAAACCCCUCACACCUGAGAGAACUGGAUCUGUCUGGGAAUAUACUAAGACAUUCAGUGAAGCUGCUUUCUGAUGUACUACAGGAUCCUCGCUGUAAACUGGAGAAACUGUGGUUGAGAGAUUGUGACAUCACAGAUGAAGGUUGUGCUACUCUGACUUCAGCUCUGAGAUCAAACCCUUCACACCUGAGAGAACUGAAUCUGUCUGAGCAUAAACUAAGAGAUUCAGUGAAGCUGCUUUCUGAUGUACUACAGGAUCCUCGCUGUAAACUGGAGAAACUGUGGUUGAGUUAUUGUGACAUCACAGAUGAAGGUUGUGCUGCUCUGACUUCAGCUCUGAGAUCAAACCCCUCACACCUGAGAGAACUAGAUCUGUCUGGGAAUAAACUAAGAGAUUUAGUGACGCUGCUUUCUGAUGUACUACAGGAUCCUCACUGUAAACUGGAGAAACUGGAGUUGAAUGAUUGUGGUGUCACAGAUGAAGGUUGUGCUGCUCUGGCUUCAGCUCUGAUUUCAAACCCCUCACACCUGAGAGAACUGAAUCUAUCUGGGAAUAAACUAGGAGAUUCAGUGAAGCUGCUUUCUGAUGUACUACAGAAUCCUUACUGUAAACUGGAGAAACUGUGGUUGUGGGAUUGUGAUGUCACAGAUGAAGGUUGUGCUGCUCUGACUUCAGCUCUGCGAUCAAACCCCUCACACCUGAGAGAACUGAAUCUGUCGUGGAAUAAACUAAGAGAUUCAAUGAAGCUGCUUUCUGAUGUACUACAGGAUCCUCAAUGUAAACUGGAGAAACUGAGGUUGAGAGAUUGUGACGUCACAUAUGAAGGUUGUUCUGCUCUGACUUCAGCUCUGAGAUCAAACCCCUCACACCUGAGAGAACUAGAUCUGUCUAAGAAUAAACUAACAGAUUCAGUGAAGCUGCUUUCUGAUGUACUACAGGAUCCUCAUUUUAAACUGGAGAAACUGUGGUUGAGUGAUUGUGACGUCACAGAUGAAGGUUGUGCUGCUCUGACUUCAGCUCUGAGAUCAAACCCCUCACACCUGAGAGAACUGAUUCUGUUUGGAAAUAAACUAGGAGAUUCUAGUAAGAACUUACUCUCUGAUCUGGAGAUGGAUCCACAUUAUAAACUGGAGACAUUAUCCUGUUGACUCUCAGUGUUUAGACGUCAGUUCAGUUUCCUCAGGAUCAGCUGAUGGUGAAUAAGGAGCCGCUUCAGAGACGUCACAGACACACAAUCAACAGACUGUGAGAUGGGGACACAAGAAUUUAGAGAUGUUCAUUUUCCUGACCGACUCCUAACACUCAUUAAGCAAUCACUGACUGUUAACUGACAAAAUUAGAAUGUUACAUUAGAUUUAAAUUAAAUUGGAAUUAAUUUGUUUAUUUGACCCAUUGAAAGUGAAACUUUACAGUUUCUAUUAAUGUCUUAUUCUUAUCUGUAUGACCAAAACUCAUUUUCACUGUAAUAAGGAAAACUAAAAAUCAAGUGAUUGCACGCGGAUCUCAUGGGAAACAUUUGUAUUCGUGCAGAAUGAGAUGUUGAUAUAUUUCUCCUUAAAUACUUUUUUUUUCUAGAUGUUUAUAUGUUGUUUAUAACUAAUAAUUUUAUAGCUGCUUAAUUUUCUGCUUUGUAUUUUCCUCUGUUCUGAAUACUGUAAAAUGUAAAGGAUUUGCAGAUUGUCAUAAAUUUGCAA